GAAUGAGUUUCGAGGCUGUGUAGUGUUUUACGUCGAUUUGUAUUUAUACAGGUCACAAAUGUUUUGCGUUUGUAAAAUUUAUUUAUCUUUGUUUUAAUACCUCGUAGUUCAUCUUUAUGCUUUUAAAAAGACGUAUAGUUUUUGCCUGAUUAGUGUUAUCUCAAGUAACAAAGUUUAGGCUGCUUCCUAAAGUCUGUAAACAAACGACAUGUCCGCUAUAUGAUCAUGCACCUGUCAAACUAGCGUAAAUAUGACCCUCAAGUGCUUUAACGAUAAUGCAUCGACGGGAAAUAACGGGCGAAGAAUACCGACUACAGUACCUGCAUUCAGGGAGAAUGGCAUCUUGCGAGUUUUCAGAUACCGGAUAUGAUUCAUUUGCUGGUAUUGAAAUACAGUGACUAGCCUAAUUAUGCUGGCGAUGUUGCAAGGAUGUUACCUAUUGAUAUCUGGCCGACAUGGGUGAUGUCGAUAGGCGUGGUUGUUCCACUAGUCGCUGCCCUAGCAGUGUGUAUUUGUGGAUGCAGGAAGACCGUUCCCAAGAAUGAGUUACUGGGCCUUGAUGGUGUUGUGAAAAUAACAAAUCCAGAAGAAAACUUAAACCAUAAUCACCAACCAAGUGAACUCAAUGACACCACAGUAACUGUUCGAAGCACUACACCAGUUACAGAUUCUAAUGAUAUAAGUAGAAGACCUGCUAGCGCAAAUAGAAGCCUACCAGACAUUCCUGUUGACUCGGAUAGGUCACAGGUGGAGAGCAGAUUGCCUCUUUGGGAGCAAGAACCAAAUGGUGAUACGAGUUCGGAGCUUUAUGCUACAGUUGGAGAAAAUAAGAAUGUGACCCACCCACUCUUAGCUCGACCACUGCCACAAAAUGAUGCACCUACCACUUCACAGCAAGAAACCUUAGCAGAAACUGCAGAGAGAAACCUGCAGCCAGCAGACUCAUUUCCAUCCUAUGCAACUGUGAAGUCGGAGCAUCCUUAUGACAAGUUGAAGUCAAAUGAACAUCCUUAUGCUCAAGUUGGAUCCUCUGUUCAAAAUACAUCAGGACGUGCAGUGGAAUUAAGGCAUGAGGAGCAUGUGAGAAAUGCUUCAUCAGUACCUCCAGCACAAAUAGAGUGUGAACCAAUUCCACCUCCUCGGACUCGACGAGCUGUCUCAUUGAAUCCUCCACCAGUGGAGCAAGCUUCUCAUGAGAUUCCAGCUGCCCCAGCAAUAAUGGGCCAUAUUCACGCCAAUCAAGAUCUUCCUUACAUGACGCCACCCAUGCCUGGAUUCAGUGGAGAUUCACAGGAUUCCAAAGGCUACACAAGCAUAAGUGUGCGUGAACCUCUAGCAAAAAUCAAAGCUCAGACAAAGGCGGCAAAUCAGCGCAGCAGGACACAGGAACUUGUGGACUCUCAUUAUGCCACUGUCUCUGAUGAUUCAGCCAAACAACUAGAAGUAGCUCAUAAGAAGAUCACUUUCUAUGGUACUCAGCUUUUCAUGUUAAACGAUUAUUAUUCGUAUGAAAUGUAUGCUGCAAUUGAAGAUCCUGGAAUGGAAUACACUAGUGGGAGUGACACGUAUGCACAGAUACAAACAACAGUACCUGAAGUCAUCCCAGCACCUGCACCGGUGGUCGAUCCAGAAGAAAUUAAUCCAGCAAGCUCUGCAUUUCCCCCCCAGCCUCCAAGUGUAGACAGUUUACGACAUGUUGCACAAGCACAUUCACGUCAAGCAUCAACAUCGAGUGCAACAAGCUCUGUAAUUAAUUUGGGUUCACCAAAACCAGAGAAGCGUCAGGCAAAUUCUCCCUUACCUCCACCACCUGUUGGCAGUCCAGAGCUUAGAUAUACUGUACCUGUUACAAGUCUGGAAGAAAUGUAUGCAAAGGUGAUGAAGAAGAAACACAAAUCAGCUAGUCAGGUGGAGACCCCCACAGAACUAGCUGGACAUCCUCAGCAAUCUGGAGACACUAGUCUGCUUGCAGAAGCUACUGCUAUAAAUGAGUGUAUUACCCAGAUUGAACCAAUUAGUGACAGUUUUGGUACUGUAACAACAAGCAAAGCUGUCCCAGUAGAAGAAACCAGUAGCAGUGAUUUAUGUGCAUUACCCCAAGUGCAAACUGAAAUCCAAAAUGAGAGUGCUGUAUAUGAACACCUCCCAAAGCAAGGAAAUUUCAAAGAACAGGAACCUGGAUAUGAAAGUGUUGGGCCCAAUAGUUUAGUUAUGCCAUACGACCCAGGUUAUGAGGUUGUACAUCAGGUCCAGCGUAAUCCUUCAGACUGUGAUCCGAAUUAUGAACAGCUUCGGCCACAGCGCAAAACUGAUCCUCAUCACUACAAUACAGACAACAGAGAGGAGGGUGGUAUGAAACAUGAAUACAAAGGCACAGACAGUGGGCAGAAGAGAACAGAUUUACAUACGGGCUUCACGAGUGUAAAUCUACCAGAGAUGACAUUAACUACUGAUGAACCAAAUUAUGAGAGUAUGACCAGUGAUACUCAUGAACCUAACUAUGCUGUAGUUUCAGGAACAUCAGGAGGAGAAUCUGAUUCAGCCUAUGAAGUUGUUCACCAGGAUGAUCCUAACUAUGAAAGUGUUAAUUACUUCGAUGUCAAUAGUGUUGAGCCUCCAUAUGAAAGGCUCCAUAACGAAGAAGCAAGAGACUCUGAUAGUGAAACUGUUUCAGGUUAUGAGAAAGUAAAACUACAUUGCAACAGCUCACUUAGUACGUCACAGAGUGAGCAAAUCUCAAAUUAUGUUUCACAGCAAAAUGCUGAACCAGGUUAUGAAGAAGUGAGACACACAUCCAGUACUGCAGUUGAUAAUGGGAGUUCAGACUAUGGAAGUAGUGCUAAUAGCAACAUUGAUAUUUAUGCUCGUAUUACAAAAAGCUAAGUGAGGUGCAUAAGAAUAUCAUUGUGUUGCAUGUCCAGUAUUAUGUGUGAAUGUUUGUGUGCGACUGCUUUUCCAUUAUUGCUGUGCGUGUGACUUGUAACUUUUUCGAUGACAGUUUAUAAAAAUUGUACAGUGAUAUUAACUGCCGUUUUAUAAUCAGAUUCUUACAUAUUAUUUAUUAAUAUUUUCAUUAAAUUUUUUAUACUGAAAGUCAUCAUUGCCAUUUUUCACAGAGUACCUAAUAUAUACAUAUAGAAAAAUAUGAAUUGUUGAUUUAUUUAGUAUAUUUAUGAUACAUUAUACAAAUCAUUAAAGUUUCCAAUUAUUGUGGUGUAAAAAGCAAAUUAUUUAAUUUUUCAUUAAAUUAUUUUAAUUCUGA